GAUUGGGAACAUCCGUCCGUGCGUUUACGCGCGCUUCCAGCCGUUGGCUUGUGCUUUCGGUUGGUGUUUAGUGGAACAUGCAGUUUUAAAGGUUUUGCGUUGACGGCGACCUUCAGUUCGCGGAAAUGGGGGUGUCUAAGUUCUGAUCAGCUUCUCUCUUCGAGUUUGCGUGUUUAACGCACGAUAACCUCAGUCACCAUGGACUACUUGAUGCCAUCUGAAAUUGCCCGCUUGGUUCUUGGUUACCUGAAGUCUACAGGGUGUCACGCUACUUGGGAUACUUUUUUGAGAGAAAGCCCUGACCUAAAGGAGUACGCGGAAUACGUGCGGAGGGGCAGGGAGUACCCGACAAGUAUCGGUGGCAAAAACCUUAUGCAGCUUCUUGAUGCUGGCUUCCAAAUUACACAAACGCAUGGUGCAAGUGCCUCCUCAGUGGAGCUCCUGCCAAACCUUCAAAAUUUAUCAGCCCAAUUGAAUGAUGUUUUAGCACGUUUGCAGUCUACUCAACCAGAAAACAAUGCGGCUGCUGCUUCGCCUACAAAUGGAAACGAAGCCCAUUCAAGCAAUAGUACAGCCGUUCUGCCACAACAGCCAUAUCGCACCGACCAGCAGUCAGCCCAGCCAUUAAGGUUGACUACGUCGAGCGGAUACCCGCCACUGCAUCACUCAUCCUCACCUCAACAGGAACGGCUGCAUCCGCAUCCCAGCGGGGACACAAUGAACUACCAUGUUCACACACACAUCCCACCGUUGCCUCUGCUGCCGCCAUCUAUUGCCAGCGUGCUGAAACACAAGUCGCCCGUGAAGCAUCUUCCCGAUAGCCUAGCAAGAUUCGAGCCUCCCGAGAAGGACCUGGGGAUGGCAUCUCUUAGCUCUCAUCAUUCCAAUGCUGUCAAGUCCACAGUAUUAGGUUGUUGCUACCCUCAGCCACCGGAACACAUAGCCACUUCACAGCUGGCAGCAUAUGAUGACCGUUUUCUGGCUUACAUGAACCCUUUUCCGAGACCGCUGUAUCCUAGGCACCCUUACAUAAGCGAUGAGGAGCCUGUGAGGGAUUCAGGCAUUGAUCUUCGAAAACGACCACAAGAAGCGAGCGACAGCCAUUCAUUGGAUACAAGGCAAUUAAGUCCCUCUGGUAACACGACUCCCUGUGCAGCAGAGAGAGAGGACAGCUGGAGGCACAAACCUGGCUCAGAUCCUUCGUGCUAUGCAGCUGACAAAGAAAAUGUCCGUCAUGAAGAUCAGUGUGACAGCCCACCAGCAGACGAGCCUAUGCUCAGUGCCGAACCUGCGAGCGAAGGUUUUGAAGUUUCAGAUGCUGCUGUAGAAACCCGUACGGAAGUCAGCGAGGAGAUUGAUGUCGAUGGAAGUUCACGAGGACCUUCUCCAGCAUACGAGGAACCAAGUACAGCUGCAGCAGGAUCGGCCUGUGCUGUAUCGACAGCUUGUGUGGCUGUAGCUUCCUCUGCACCUGCUUCAACAUCGACAUCUGCUGCAUCAUCUCCAAAGCUGACAGCAACAACUUCAGUGCAGCAGACACCGGAUCAUCCACCGGCACGCCAAAGCCCGACUACUUUUGAGACACCGGAAAAUACUGGAGUGCCUCCACUGCCAACCCGCUUCCCAGACCCAGAUUCACCGCGUGCCAUCUUGGCUCAAGAGAGAUCGCUGCAACCCUCGCUGACUACACCCGUGAAAGCAAUUCGUUUUGACCCUGAGCGCUUUUACUCACCUCGACGGAAAAGCCUCAUCCCAAGGCGCCGCCUUUUGGUUGGUGCUUCUCCCUCUUGCAAGCACACCACCGACUCUGGGAAUGCCACCUCUUUGUCCGAAGAGUCUAGGGAGUUUUCGGCUCUGCUUGAUGAGUUGGUGCACAACUUCCCAUUUGUAACAAAGCUAGCAGAGAACAUAAACCAGGCUGUGGUUGGCCCAGACGGUGCCUACAGUGAAGCAACAUCUUCCCGAUUAGAGCCCAUCGCAGAGGAAGCUCCUGUUGACACUGCAGACAUGCUGACAUCGCAGGACUCAACCAUGCCUGACUCUCUGAUCAAGGACAUAUUGAACAAGACAGAGAAUGACCCUGUCUUUGAAGCAGCUCUGGCGCAGAUAUGUGAUAAGCUUGACACAACGAACGAGGUUCACGGAGUCCUGGUCACACCCUCCAAGAGCUGUUCAAAGUCACGGCAGCGGAAGGGAAACUGCAGUCCCAGGACACCAUGCCACUCUCGUCGGCCUCAGUCACAGCCCACAACACCCCAACUAAUGAGCUUGUUCGCCUCACCGCAUAAGUCGCCACUCAGGCCACCGCACAGGUCACCACACAGGUCACCACACAGGUCGCCACACAAAUCGACGCAGAAGUCGCCGCAAGUGUCACCACACGUGUCACCACACGUGUCACCACACGUGUCGCCACACGUGUCGCCACACGUGUCACCACACGUGUCGCCGCAAGUGUCACCACACGCGUCACCACACGCGUCACCACACGCGUCACCACACGUGUCACCACAUGUGUCACUACAUGCGUCGCCACACGUGUUGCCAAGCAAGUCACCUCCAGCAACCCCACCGAGGCGAUCUCCGAGACUUAAUGCUCAGAACAAGCAACCACAACAGCCUCCUCUCUCCACAGCCACAACAGGCUCGAUGGAAAGCACAGGAAACUUAGGAAGCACUCAGAACAAGGUGCCACUGGCCAUGCAAGCGAAGCCUAAGACAAGCCCACAGAUGGCCAAGGUGGCACCAGUCAACAAGUCUACUAACAAAGCUCCAGCCGUGGGAUGUUCAGUAGAGCUGCCUUCUAAGCUGCCCUUGCCACCCUUGCCAACUACGAAAUCUCCUUUCAAAGUGCCAGUGAGCUUGCCACUGAAGUCAUUUAUGAAGGAGUCCUCAGCAUUGCUGCCUAAAGUUGUGUUGUCGCCGCUCAAGCCCACUGUAAAAGUUGUUUCAAAGGCCACUGAAAAUGGACAGACAGUGACUUGCAUCUCCAUUCCUGACCCGCCAGCGUCAUCCGACAGUCCCAGGCCCAAGCAGUGCAUGACGCUGGCGGAUGUCAUUGAUUCGGUGCUGUCACCAGAGCGUCGACAGGCCCUCUGCCAAACUGAGAGCAUUGCGCUGCCAUCACCGCUGCCUGCAGCUUCCAGCAACGCUCAGAGCCCUGUAGUCAUUAUGCCGGAGUGCACCCAGGUCAUGCUGUGCACCAACAACGGUGUCACCUCCGAACUGCAGGCACUUGCAUCCCCUUCAUUGCUGACCAGUGGGGCAACGUCAACCAUUUCAAACAUCAUCUAUCCAAACAUGAUGGUCAGCGGAAUGUCAUCGCUCGGCUCUUUCAACAUUGUGGUGCCAACCACGGUCCCGAUUUCUUCCAACUGCCAGUUCAUAACCACGCAUGGUGGCACGACAGUUGUAGCACAGAGCAGCAGGCCUGUAGCGAAGAAACGACUGCCCUUGCUGCAGCCUAGGGAGCCCCUGCCUUCACAGCCUUCUCCACCAGCUGCUUUCAAACAAUUGGAAACUACCAAGCACAGCUUUGUAGUGGGCAACCGUUUAAGGAAUGCAAAGCGUGCAAAGGACCUAGCGAAGCACAGCACAUUGCUACAAGGCAGUCAAAAGGGCCAGCUGAAAUGCUCAGUUCCGACACAAGGGAUCACAAACCGAAGCAAUGACACCGUGUCGCAGCCAUCCACGACCGCAGCAAGCUCCCUUGAUGCUUGCAGACAGCAGCACACAACUACCAAGCCACAGACUCCACCACAUGUCUCACCUCGCUUGAAUGCCACCUCAGCAGCAUCAAAUGAAAAGAGUCCCCAGUUGAAGUCUCUAGUCGCCGUAGCCUCCAAGUGCAUGACAUCACGGAAUCACGUGAGGGUGUUAGACUUUGGUGGUGCUUCUAGCGAACGUGCGCAGAACACUAGUGAGGGUGACUCUAACGAGGCUUCUAGCGAACACCUUGUCAAGACGAUUGAGUCUAUUCGGACUAGCCUGACUGGUGCCAUGAACCGAGUGUUGAGAAACAGCACGGAGAGUAGUUCCGGCCUUGGUUCAUCGAAUAAAAAGAGGAAAGGGACACCGCACAUCACAGGGAAAACAAAAAAGGCAAGAAACGAGGAAUACUUGAAAAGCAUGGACGUGAACAAGUUUCUGGACAAGAUACACAACAGCUGAUCACGGCCCCUUGUUUUUAUGUAAUUUUGUAUACUGCAUACCUGUGUGCUAGCCUUGUACAGGUCAUUGUACAUAAACCAUCAUUCAUCAUAAUGAAUUAUCUGUAUAUCUCUUACAUUGUAUAUAUUGACCAACUUCGUCAAUGGGAAGUUUUUAGCAUAUAGUUAUAUAUAUAUAUAUAUAAUUAACUGACAUUUUUCACAGGACACUGGCAUUAUAUGUUCAUACGGGUUGUGUCCAGGUUGUCAUUUGGAUUUAAUAAAUGCAAGGUUUCACAUGU